CUGUAUGCGGGCCUCAUGCUGACCAAUCAGGGGCCAAAAGUUCUGGAGUUCAACUGUCGCUUUGGCGACCCAGAAUGCCAGGUUCUGCUUCCUCUGCUGCAGAGCGACCUCUAUGAUGUCAUCAUGAACACUGUAACUGGGAACCUGGCCGCCAACGUCCCUGUGUGGCAGCAGGGCAGCUCUGCGGUUACCGUGGUGAUGGCUAGUGCAGGAUACCCGGGUUCCUACGUGAAAGGGGUUGAGAUCACAGGUCUGACCCGGCUGCAGGAGGCCGGGCUGCAGGUGUUCCACGCCGGCACCGCCUUGAAGGACGGCCGGGUGGUGUCGACUGGUGGCAGAGUUCUGGCCGUGACGGCGGUGAGGUCGAGCCUGGAGGUCGCCCUGCAGGCGGCCAAUCAGGGAGUGGCUGGCAUUGGAUUCCCGGGUGCCGUGUACCGGCGAGACAUCGGCCACCGGGCCAUCGCUCACCUGAACCAGAGCCGGCGUCUGACCUACAAGGACAGUGGAGUGGACAUUGCUGCUGGGAACCAGCUGGUGGAGCUCAUCAAGCCUCUGGCCAGAACCACGACCCGACCCGGUUGCGAUGCAGAGCUGGGAGGUUUUGCUGGACUGUUUGACCUGAAGGCGGCCGGGUUUGUUGACCCGAUCCUGGUUUCUGGUACUGACGGUGUUGGAACCAAGCUUUCCCAGAUCGCUCAGGCCUGUGGCCGUCAUGGCGGUCUGGGUCAGGACUUGGUGGCCAUGUGUGUGAACGAUGUUUUAGCUCACGGCGCCGAGCCGCUCUUCUUCCUGGACUACUUCUCUUGUGGCAGUCUGGAUGUGGAAGUGGCCGCCUCCAUCGUCGGCGGCGUCGCCAAGGCGUGUGAGGCGGCCGGCUGCGGCCUGCUGGGCGGUGAAACGGCAGAGAUGCCUGGUGUUUAUGCAGCGGGAGAAUACGACCUGGCCGGGUUCUGUGUGGGCGCGGUGGAGCGGGGCGCCUUGUUGCCACGGCUACAAGACAUGUCAGAGGGAGACGUGCUGAUUGGAGUGGCUUCCUCUGGGAUUCACAGCAACGGAUUCAGUCUGGUCCGUAAAGUUCUGGAGAGAAGCAAACUGAGCUUUGGCUCUGCUGCUCCGUUUGGGAACCAGAACCAGAGUGUUGGUGAGGUGUUGCUGACUCCUACUAAGAUCUACAGCCGCCUGCUGCUGCCCGUCCUGCGCAGCGGGGCAGUUAAAGCCUACGCUCACAUCACCGGUGGGGGGCUUCUGGAGAACCUGCCCCGGGUUCUGCCCCAGGGUCUGGCAGCAGAGUUGGGUGAGAGAAAAGAAGACAAACUCUGAUCUUAAUUUAUUAAAGUUUAAUGGAUUUUUUUUUUAUUUUUAGACCAUUUAAGUUUAAAUGACUCAAUUCUUCUUUUUGUCAGGGAGGCUCCUGAACAUCCAUCCCUCUCUACUGCCUUCAUUCAAAGGGGUCAAUGCCCAGCAACAGGCUCUCCAGGCCAGAGUGCUAAUAACUGGCUGUACUGUCCACUUUGUAGCUGUAAGUGUAACACUUAUAUAAAUACACAUUUUAUAAAGUCCAGCCACAAAAUAACAUCUCUUCUGUUCUUCUAGGAAGAGGUUGAUGCCGGCGCCAUCGUGGUCCAGGAAGCGGUUCCGGUGUUGAUUGGAGACACAGAGGAGAGUCUUUGUGCCAGAAUCAGGGAGGCUGAACAUAAAGCCUUUCCUAAAGCUCUGGAGCUGGUGGCCAGUGGAGCCGUGCAACUGGGACCAGAUGGAAACGUCAUCUGGAAGAAAGAGAAUUAAAAUGUCUUUAAUAAUGCAUGAUUGAUAAUGUUAACAAUUUACAAUAAAGUACAUUACUGAAUAUAUGAA